GGCAGUGUGUGGAUCGCUGAGACUCGGAGGGUCCGGCUCAGUUUUAAUUCUCCUCUAAUCUCCGCAACAGCAGCGCUUCCCGGGUCCCGCGGCUCCUGCUCCCGCUCAGCCGCCCUCACUGCCAGGUGAGCAUCUGAGCAGCCUCCGCCCCAUCACCCGCCAUGGACAACCUCCAAGAAAAAGUGGCUCCGGACGCGCUUGCCUGAGAAUUCCGCACAAAAGAGGAGCCCAAAAUGAAGACCCUGAUGCGCCAUGGUCUGGCAGUGUGUUUAGUGCUCACUACCAUGUGCACCAGCUUGUUGCUCGUGUACAGCAGCCUCGGCAGCCAGAAGGAGCGGCCCCCGCAGCAGCAGCAGCAGCAGCAGCAGCAGCAGCAGCAGCAGCAGCAGCAGGCGACUGCGACUGGCAGCACGCAGCUUGUGGAGAGCAGUCCCCAGCCACAUAGAACCGCCCCCGUAGGACCCCGGCAGCUAGACGGAUACCUCGGUGUAGCAGACCACAAGCCCUUGAAAAUGCAUUGCAAGGAUUGCGCCCUGGUGACCAGCUCGGGGCACCUGCUGCGUAGUCAGCAGGGCCCCCACAUCGACCAGACAGAGUGUGUUAUCCGUAUGAAUGACGCCCCCACCCGAGGCUACGGGCUUGACGUGGGCAACCGCACAAGCCUGCGAGUCAUCGCACAUUCCAGCAUCCAGAGGAUCCUCCGCAACCGCCAUGACCUGCUCAACGUGAGCCAGGGCACCGUGUUCAUCUUCUGGGGCCCCAGCAGCUACAUGCGGCGGGAUGGCAAGGGCCAGGUGUACAAUAACCUGCAGCUCCUCAGCCAAGUGCUGCCGCGGCUGAAGGCCUUCAUGAUCACGCGCCACAAGAUGCUGCAGUUCGAUGAGCUCUUCAAGCAGGAGACUGGCAAAGACAGGGACCCAAAGCACCCUUCCGUACCCUAUCAUUACUAUGAGCCUUCUGGACCCGAUGAAUGUACAAUGUACCUCUCUCACGAACGAGGACGCAAGGGCAGUCACCACCGUUUCAUUACAGAGAAACGGGUAUUUAAGAACUGGGCACGGACCUUCAACAUUCACUUUUUCCAACCAGACUGGAAACCAGAACCACCCGCUGUGAAUCCUGCUGAGGAUAAGCCUGUGUUCUGAGGGGUGAACGUGAUGGAUAGCAUCCCUGCUGUCUGGCAGAAGAACUUGACCUCUGGCAGGGAAAUGGGAACUGAAUGGGUGGCUGAGAAGAGCGGCGUCCUUCAGCACCGUGGACAGAACCCGGCGGCCAGCGAACAUUCCGGAAUGCAUACAUUCUAAUCAGUAUUGUCUCUUGGAAAGAGCAACUGUAGCCACUGCCAUAGCUAGGAACACUUCCAGGUCUCUGAAGUAUUGCCUUCAAAUCUGAAACAGGAGCAGCCCAACUCUUAGUUGCGUUUCUUUACAGACAUCCACGUCAAAGGAUUUUUCUAUCAGGCUGUAACCUAACCUGACCUGUAAUCUUUGCCAUUUGUCAGACAAAUUUGUGAUUUGUAAAAGGCCUGAAAGUGUGGACGUGUUUCUGAAGAGCACAUCUCCAAUGAUUUUCAUAAAGCAAAUGUCUGCUAUUUAUUUAUUGAGAGUUUUUUAGUGUACUCUAGGCAGUAUUUUUAUAGAUUAUGAUUAUGUGGCAAUUUAUUCCUCCUGACUGUUUAAUCCUGAUCGGUGGUCGGAAUGGGCUAGGAUUGGGCUGAUGAGUUACUGAAUUCACAAGGCUCGUUAUUAGCUUGAAAUCGGUAUUUGACGUGGAAGUGUGCACGUGAGAGUUGAACCUCUCAGCUUCAGGCAAUUUGCUGUUUCAUAACGAAAACAGCUAUAACACUUCCUAAUGUACAUAAAUGUUCAAAAGAACAAGAUUGAAAGCCAAAAACUGUUAUUAAAACAAAAAGAUGCUAAUGAGAGAAAUUUAAGGAUACAAUAGCUUUUCUUUCAGUAGCAACUGAUGAUACAAGCUGUUUCUCCUUGAGUUCUGCUUUCCUGUUCUUUAGAAUGUAACAGAAAGUCCCCUGAGUUCCUCUUGCAAAUCUAAGCUCACCAGAGCCUCUCUCACUUGCAGCAGAAUUAGACCCUUGGACUGAUGUGGCUUUUGUCAGUAGAAGGAACCUUCUAAUCAGGGUGGAGAUGUCAGGGUCCUCUGGGUAGAAAUCAUGCUUCCUCCUGGGUCUCUGGUUUAACCACUAUCCCUGGAUUCUUUAACAAAGUGAAGAGUUGGAGAGGGGUGGAGGCAGUGCCAAGAGCUGCCCGUGUUUUGAGGACACAGAACAGUUCCGACCCACUGGCUGCAAGUUUAGAACAGUGUGAAGUUUAGAACAGUGUGAAGGACUCCUCUCUCUAUUCAAACCCACGAUCGCAUAGUAUUAUAGAUUUACUUUGAAAAUUUGUACUGCUCACAUAAAUAAGAAUGUGCUAGGCUGCCAAGGGACAUUAGUGUGUCUAAUGACAGACUCGAAGGCAGCAGCUGAUGUCAUGAGGGAACAGGCACUGCUCUACAAACAGGACAGGGCUCGUGAAUAAAGUGUCUGACACCAGCAGUUCUUUCCAUCUUCUUAAUUGGCGAUAAUUUUCUUCAUUAAGUAGAACUAUUCAUUAUGCAGAGUACCAUUGUGGAGAUGCAAAUACAGCCCAGGUAUUCGGACAGCAAAGACAAAGUGUUAUUGUGGUAAGGCCUGAGUUAUCAAAAGUCGGGAAAAAAGAAAAAAAUCGAAAUGGCUGUCCAAGGCAUAGUGGAAUUCAUUCUUCAAGUGUCUUCUCAGCUUUUGUAGGAAAAUGGAUUUUACUCUACCACAGCACAAGCAGUGUUCUUAUGCACAAAGGAAGAAGGGUGUGAACUGCACACAGUUGGUUGACAGAUCACCUUCACAACCCCUUGAAGAGAUUGUUUGCUCAAAUAUAAGUCGUUCCAUUGACAAUUCCUAGACUUAUGGAAUUUUGGAAAAGCAUAACUACCAAGGGAUAAGAAUACCAUCUGACCUGAUCUUACUGUCUGAGUAUCUUUGGGUGUGAGUGUGUGUGUGUGUGUGUGUGUGUGUGUGUGUGUGUGUGUGUGUGUGUGAUAAUGAUGUGGUAUAUGCAUAUAUGUAUGUGUGUGGUGUGGUGUGUAUAUAUGUAUGUUAUGGGGGGAAUAGUGUGUGUGUAUGUGGGUAUGUGUAUUAUGUAUGUGCGUGGGGUGUGGGGUGUGUAUGUGGGGGUGGUGUGGAGGUAUGGGAAUGGUAUGUAUAUGUGGGGAGCGAAAGAGUGGGAUGUGUGAUAUGUGUGUAUGUGGGUGUGGUGUGUGGUAUACAUGUGUUUAUUGUGGGGUGUAUAUGUGUGAUGUGUGUAUGUAUGUGGGGGUGGGGUUGUGGUAUGUGUGUGUGUGGUAUGUGUGUAUGGAUGUGUGGUGUGUGGUAUGUGUGGGUGUGGUGUGGGUAUAUGGUAUGUGUGUAUGUGUAUGUGGGGGUGGUGUGGUGUAUGUGUGAUAUGUAUGUGUGUAAUAUGUGUUAUGUAUGUGUGGUGUGUGUAUGUGGGGGUGUGAUGUGGGUGUGUGGUAUGUGUGUAUGUGUAUGUGGGGGUGGUGUGGGUGUAUGUGUGAUAUGUAUGUGUGUAAUAUGUGUUAUGUAUGUGUGGUAUGUGUAUGUGGGUGUGGUGUGGGUGUGUGGUAUGUGUGUAUGUGUAUGUGGGGGUGUGUGGGUGUAUGUGUGAUAUGUAUGUGUGUGAUAUGUGUGUAUGCAUGUGUGGUGUGGGUGUGUGGUAUGUGUGUGCAUGUGUGUGUUUAAGGAAAAAAGCCCACAAAGAACAUCGAGAUAAGCGGGGUUUUUUUUCUAAUUUCCUCCUCUCAAAUACUCAAAAGAAUAAAAAGCAACCAACUGCCCAAAGUCUUGGCUCUUUCACAGAAAAAUAUUUUAAAUUCACUUGUAGCUACAAUAUUUGGUGAUUUCUUUUUUCAAAACAUAGUGUAGCUAAGUGUAAGAAAUGAUCACUUGGGUCGCAGUUUUACUGCAGCAUUAAGGACGCCGCCAAGAGCUCGGCCGGCUCAUGCUGAUGGGCCUGGUUGUGGGCAAUUGGGUUCAUGUCUUAGCACCAUCAUCUCACGGCCAUCAGACUUAAUGCCACCCGAUGCCAUUAAACACAAACCCUGAUAUAGGACACACACCCUGCACACAGACUUCAGCGGUUUCGGCAUAUUUGAAGCCCUGCUCGGACUUGGUAUGCUACCUUUCUCCUCUCUCCCCAGCGGUAUCGUCAGCCUCCUCCUGGCGUUUAAGACCACAGUAAUAUGAUGCUACAGCUGGGCGAUCCAUGGCUUCUGUUAUUUCAACACAAGAGCAUUUGGCAGAGGCCAUUACAAUGGAUAGCCAUUACGGGCAAAGAUACAGGGAUUCACAAACAGAAUCAAUCACUUCAAAUGGCCCAUAAAGAGAGGAAUCUCGCAUUUAAUAUUCUACAGUAAAUAUUCACCCAAGAAAGCGCGCAUUAAAAGAACAUUAGGAGGUAAAUAUUCAGUGUGCUGCAUGAAGACUUGGCUGUGUGAUUCCCAUUCUCAAAAGUGGGUGUUAGGGAGCUGAGACCCCUUCUGCUUUCUUCAUCCUGCUCUAUACUUCUUAGGGCUGGACACAGAAACGGAUCAAUUCAGGGACACAUGGGUCCUAAGAAUGCAGAGCUCGGUCCUUCAUAAAACCAAAUGAAAAAUGACAGCAAAGCCCUGUGUCCAAAGGUACACUUGUGUGGCCUCUUGGUAGCCUUGGGUGACAGGGCACCUCUGAGCCACCUGAACUCCAUUAGGAUGAAGACAGAUAAUCUCAUAUUGAAGUAAAUACGGUAUUUCACAUUUCAAAGAACUUUUAGAAGGGAGAAGAAUGGUAGGAAGUGAAGGGAAAUGUAGAAAUUCUGUUAGGAUGCGGAUAGCUCCAUGUAUGUACGUUGUAACCCUCCAGAUAUUUGCCCUGGGCGGUGAAUCUGGGUCUCCCAGAGGGAGUCCCACCCUGACGAAGGUCCCAGCUUUCCUCGGGUUCUGAGCAUUUUACACUGAGUAGACUUGUCUUUCAUCCUCCUGUCUCUCUUGAGCCCGUGUGUCUUCACCUUUGGCCUCUCCAAAUCCUUCUGCCCUCAGUGUUCUCAAGGCCUCAGUGUUGGCUUGGUCAGGUCUUCCUGCUGGGCUUGUUACUCGAGAUCUGUCGUGGGAAUGGGUUCGUGGAGAGCCUCCUGGAGCAGUGGAACGAUAGGUCCAACAGUCAACCCCACUACAAGACAAGGUACUGUAGAUGUGCCCCUGGCUGGCCUAGACUAGGGAAGGGGGGAAUUCAAGUCCUGAAAAGUAGGGCCACCUUGGACAAAGCAGGACAAAAUGUCACCCUCUCCGAAGUUUCUCAAAACAAAACAAACCCAGACAAAAAUUCAGAGCCUGAGGAAGUGGGGCAAGAGGAGGGUUACAGAUUGGCUGGGUUUUAGCACGUGCCAGAAGACAUUCUGGAAAGAGCUGAGACUGUCCAGAAGGUUUAGACGGCAUGGGAGUAACUUGGUGAGAGCUCACUCCCCCACCUACUCAGGGUAUUGAAGUGUAAAUGUAAAACAAGACAAACGAAACAAAACAAGGCUGAGAUCCCGAUGUCUACUUGUGCCCCAGGGUGACAUGCUACCUUGGACUGUCCUGUGUCCUUCCUUCUGUGUGUCUGUUAGACUAGAUUGUAAGCUCCUUGGGGGCAGGAGCUGUCUCUUUGUCUUUGUAGCCCCAUACCUAGUACAGUGCCUUGCACACAAUAGGCGCUCAAUAAAUGUCUGUUGUUGA